UCCCCUUCACGAUAAAAAAUUGUACAGGACAAUAAAUUCAUAACAUGUUGAAAAUGCGUUUUGAAAUGAGUGAAAUUUAAUCAGAUUUUUUCACUGCUGUGAAUAUUAACAUUAAAAAUUUUUCGAUGAGUCACAAGUUUUUCCAUCUCGUGCAGUGAAACAGUGAUUGACCGUUGAUAAUCAAUCACUGAAAUGACAAUAAUAACGACAAUGUGUACCCGACUUUUCUCCUGCCCACUGUGCACCCAACCGAGUUUCAAUUCCUUAGAUUCAUUGAGAAUUGGUCUCGUGAGUGUAGCCACACGUCCCUUGACAUGUCCCAUCUGCAACGACACAGUCCUAGGAAUAGACAAAUUGACAAUUCACCUGUUUGGACAUACAAUAACUGAGAACAGACCAAAUGAGCUUCAGCCACUUGAAUCCAAAAAUCGACAAUUCGUCAAGACGAAUGGCUUCGAAGUGGCCGAUUCUGGGGGAAAAUGUGGGAAUUCUGUGAUUGUCCUCAACGAGACAUCCUCAAUUAUCCACCUGAAGAACCCCCACAACCUUAGAGAUGAUUCUUCCAUUUCCGGACAAUUUAUUGCGACAGUUCCUGUGGUGUUCAAUGGCAUGAGAGAAGAAACUAGUGCACCAACGACAAAUGUAGCACCUCAACCACGUGCAAAUGAUCCUGAGAUGACUGUCUUGAAUGUUGAUACUGUCCCCCAGUCAGAUACAGAUCCCUGGCAGGAGAAUUUGCUGUCGGAAACCCCUGAAGAAUGUAAUCCUGACGGAUUUCAUAAUCAAAAUAUCGACGACAUUACGACUAACGAAAUAUCGACGUGUGAAACAGUUCCUAGAAGUAUUAUUUCAUCAGCCGAGUCGAGUCUGCACAUUCCAGAGCCUUGCAAUGUUCAUUUCCCCAACACUAAUGCGAAAUGUCAUGAAGAAGAGAUUCAAAGUGACUUAUUAAUUCUCAAAGAACACUCUGAGGAUCGGAAAUCAUCGGCAGUGACCAAUGGAACGUUGAAUGAUAAGAGGGAGCGGUGUAAUAUUUGUGGGUUGAGCUUGGUGAAUCGUAACUCCCUGAUAUUGCACAAACAACUUGCCCAUAAAAUAGCUGCCAAGGAUUGUAACAUCAGGCCUGAGGAUCUCCUGAAAAAUUAUCCGUGUCAUUUGUGUUCUAAAGUUUUCAAGAUGAGAGGGAGCCUUAUGAUUCAUAUGAGAGUGGCUCAUACAGGAGGUAAUCUAGCCACACUAGGAGGAGAACGAAAUUCAGAUGGAGGCUUCAAUUGUCCUUUGUGUGGAAAGAAUUUUAAAAAGGAACAACAUGUCACUCAGCAUCUGAAAACCCACGAGGGAAAACAGUGGGAGUGUGAUGUUUGCAGUAAAAUGUUUACGACAAAGUACUUUCUAAAGAAACAUAAGAGACUUCACUCUGGAGAAAUGCCUUAUCAGUGCAAUAUAUGCAACAAAACGUUUACGUUUCAACAAUCGUAUCAUAAGCACAGACUCUACCACAAAGAUGAUAAACCUCACACGUGUACAGUUUGUGGGAGGUCCUUCAAGGAGCUCUCGACAUUGCAUAAUCAUGAGAGAAUUCACACUGGGGAAAAGCCCUUUGCCUGCGAAACUUGUGGGAAAUGUUUUCGACAACGUGUGUCUUACCUCGUUCACAGGAGGAUUCAUACUGGGGUAAUGCCGUACACAUGUUCGGCUUGUGGAAAGAGUUUCAGAUACAAAAAAUUACUAGCCAAACGUGAUCAGGAGCUGUCGAAUUUUGUCAUUCAGGUCAGUCAAAGGACCCACAAAUGUCCAGGACAAUCAGACGGGCAUGAACAGCCUUCAUUGCCAUCAGUUCUUGAUCAAAUACCUGAGCCUCCGAGUUCUGAACCUCAGAUCAAUGCAUUCGCAUUGGAUAAAGCCAAUAAGUUUGUGGUAAUACCCAACAGCAAUGGAGAGCCAACUUUAACCCGAGAGAUGGACAUAAAUCCCUUGAAUUCAACAAAUAUGUUCCACUUUACACCACAUCCAGACCCACCGGAAAUUGAUGAUAGAGGAGGGUCUGCAGGGGCUGGAUCCACUGGAGGGGUCCAACUGCCAGAAGACCAUUCCCAAGACUUCCUCUCUCUAGUUAUGUCACCGAUGCAGAAUGAUCCAUCCUCCCCCACCACUGAGAUGCAACAUCUCAGACUGGCCUCUCCAAAACAGUCGGAAAAUUGUCAAGAAUCUGAUCAACAAUAUCAAGAUCCCUCGGACAAUCUCCAGAAAGACUUAAAACACGCAAUCGAUGGUAUUUUGAAUGAACGAAAUCGCGAGAAUAACUCCCUGGAGACGAUAAACGAGGAGUCGUUGAAGGAAUUACUGUAUGGAAUUAACAAAACUCUGUGAAUAAAGUAAAUUAUCUAAUUAAUUUAAAUUAGUGAAUCAUGUUAUUCAGGGUUCCUUGCUGAUGUUAUGUAAAAUAUUUUUUUAUUGAGAUUUCAUGUUGACUUCGCCAAGUGAACAAAUUGAAUUAUUAAUAGUGAUUCUAUUGUAUUGGAAGCAUUCCUCACUAAUAAAAUAUUCUCUGAAAUUUAU